AUGAUCAUGAAAACUCUCGAAGAGCUCCCAAAUAGCCCCAAGGAGUCGGCUGCAAAGCAGUUACCUUCACCUCAAGACUCGGACGAUUCUAAUUCUGAAUCAAGCUAUAAUGAGGAACCCGGUGGCAUUUCUGCAACAAAGAAGCGAAAGGUUUCAACUGAUGAAAAGUAUGCUAGAAAUCUUCAUGCAAAGGAAAACGGGAUGCGCAGUCGAAAGUCCAAGGCUAAAUCGACGCCGCGUGCGCCGAGGGCCGAAGGAUCAAAAAGUGGCUUUACUAAACCUUUGACCCUCUCGGAUGAAUUGGCGGAGUAUCUAGGAACGCCAAAGCUUUCACGAGCAGAGCUAGUUAAACGAUUCUGGGAUGAAGCCAAGGCGAAAGACUUAUUCGACCCAAAAAAUCGCCGGUAUGUUGUCUGCAACGAGCAGUGGCAACGGCUCUUUGGACAAAAACGCUUUUUGAUGUUUGGAAUAUCAAAAUAUCUGAGUCGUCAUAUCGUCGAGUAA